AUGGUUCACAAAGUUCUCUUCUGGACUGGCUUUGGCCUCGCCGUGCGCGCCUGGCAACUCGGCCUCGAAAUGCGACCCUUCUUUAACCGGCAAUCCCUCUGGGUUUACCCUCUAUUCGGCAGCGUCGGCGCCUCAUUCGGAUACUGGCUGCAGGGGGUUGAGAAUAGACAGCAGUCUAUUCUGGGCGCAAGAAGGACUUCUAUUUUAGAGAAGAGGGCGAGGAGGAAGGAGAGGGAGGGUGCUGUUCAGGAGUCUUAG